GCCAGCAAUUCGUACCGGAAAGGUAAACCAGCGCGUGUACCGAGCUUUAUUGACCUCUAUUUAACCUUCGUGUCUGUGUGGGUUGAUUUGUCAUACCCGGCUGAUUUCCCUUAAGCAUUUCUCUAGUUUUUAGUGAAAAAAACAGCUGAAAACAGUUUAUAUUCAGUUUAUUUUACUACCCAGUGUCAUUAAACGCAAUUGAGGCCGACACUGCAAGGUAAUUUCAAGUUUGUUAGCCGGAGAAAUCUGGAUUUUUGAUAAGCUGCGAUUUGAGCCAAGGUUUCUUCAAAACAAACACUUCCGUGCCCUGCAGAUUGCAGCCAGAACAAUGGUUUGGACAACAAUCAAUGACCGAAUCAGCAAUGUUAAUCCCGAGAUGAGCGCAAAUGUGCUACCGUUCCAGAUGCAAGCUGCUGAGUCCAACACCCAGUUGGAUCAUCUAUGUGCUUUGGACAUCCAUUCCAGAGCUUCCUAUGUCAGACUUAGUGGUAUCAUCUGUACCAUUGGACCUGCAUCAAAGGAUCCUGCUGUCUUAGAAAAGAUGAUGGAAGUGGGUAUGAACGUGGCUCGGCUUAACUUUUCCCAUGGUUCUCAUGAAUAUCAUGCCGAGACCAUCAAGAACAUCAGGGAAGCGGUGGCAAACUACAGCAAGAAGAUUGGUAUGACUUAUCCUUUGGCUAUUGCUUUGGAUACUAAAGGUCCCGAAAUCAGAACUGGAUUGUUGGAAGGCGGAGGAUCUGCUGAAAUCGAAUUAAAAAAGGGCGAUACUAUUAAGCUGACCACAGAUAAAGCUUACGCCGAAAAAGGAAACAAAGACACUGUAUUUGUUGACUACGACAAUAUCCAAAAAGUGGUCAAAGUUGGCAACAAGAUUUACGUGGAUGAUGGUCUAAUUUCGUUGGUGGUCAGCCAGAUUCAGGGAUCCUUCCUAACGUGCACCAUUGAAAAUGGCGGUAUGCUGGGCAGCCGUAAAGGUGUUAAUUUACCCGGUGUCCCCGUUGAUCUGCCAGCCGUGUCCGAGAAGGACAAAUCCGAUCUGCAGUUUGGCGUUGAACAAGGAGUUGACAUGGUCUUUGCCUCAUUUAUUAGAAAUGGAGCUGCACUAACUGAGAUCAGAAAUAUCUUGGGCGAUGCUGGAAAACAUAUUUUGAUCAUUUCUAAGAUCGAGAACCAGCAGGGUGUGGCAAAUCUGGACGAAAUCAUUGAAGCUUCUGACGGUAUUAUGGCGGCUCGUGGAGAUUUGGGGAUUGAAAUUCCAACCGAAAAAGUAUUCUUGGCGCAAAAGCAGAUGAUUGCUCGAUGCAACAAGGCUGGAAAACCCGUGAUAUGUGCCACUCAAAUGUUGGAAUCAAUGGUGAAGAAGCCCAGACCUACUCGUGCUGAAUCUUCAGAUGUUGCCAAUGCUAUCUUGGAUGGUGCUGAUUGUGUUAUGUUGUCUGGAGAAACUGCUAAAGGCGACUAUCCUCUGGACUGCGUUCAAACCAUGGCCAGUAUUUGUAAGGAAGCUGAGGCUGCCAUCUGGCACAGACGGCUGUUUAUUGAUUUGUCUCUUAAUGCCACUCCACCAAUUGACGCUGCCCAUACUGUUGCAAUUGCCGCUGUUGAAGCUUCCACAAAGAGCUUGGCGGCCGCAAUCAUCGUAAUUACCACUUCUGGACGAUCUGCACAUCUCAUUUCCAAGUACAAGCCAAGAUGUCCCAUCAUUGCUGUAACCAGGUGCGCCAGAACUGCUAGACAGGCCCAUCUUUACAGGGCUGUAUUGCCUGUUUUAUACGAACAAGACAGACUUGGAGACUGGCUUCAAGAUGUAGAUGCCCGAGUUAAUUGUGGAAUUACUUUCGGAAAGUCAAAGGGCUUUAUCAAGUCUAGUGACCCAGUUAUCGUGAUUACUGGCUGGAAGCAGGGCUCCGGAUUUACCAACACUAUGCGUGUCGUCAACGUCGAGUAAGGCAAAUUCCAGAGGACUCAUCUUUGUAGUGAGAAAUUCAUAAAUUAUUAAAAAUUAAGAUUUACACUUUCAUUGCAGUGUUUUGGUUUUCACACCAUUACAAAAGCGUCUAUAUUAUGAGUGUGAUUAUCUUAAUAACUAUUUAAAUGGAACACAAAUUGAAAAUUAUACAAUAUCAUUAGCUAGAAUGUUCAUAAUAAACAAUGUAUGCAAAA